AUGGACGAUCCGGAGCGCAUUCCACUCCGAGGAUCCACGGCACUGUCCAAGCCUGUGUAUGAGACCAGCUACUGGAUGGGUACCCUUUGCCUUUUACUCUCAUUUCUGCUGGUGGCUGGCGAGCUCGCGUUUCAACUAUACUUUCUACCGGCAAUCACAAAGUCAAUCCCCGCGGAAUUCGCCGUUACAAUUGCCUACAUCUUUCCCGCGAUCCUAGACAACCUGAAUGACGCGGCCUGGACAUGCAUCGAGGUCGACGUGCAAGCAUAUUUUGACCGCAAGCUCCUUGGAACCGAACUAGGACGACUUCAACGAGAUGCGUUGCGAAAAAGCGAUCGUUUUGCGGAUGUUUUUCAGAUAAUCAUGACGAAGCUCGUUGUUUUCGUGGCUUCUGUCAGCCACGCCUGUUCCCAAACGAUGUCACCUAUGGGAGGGAUUUUUGCUGCCGGCGUAUUGAUUACCCUCAACCUGGGACUUAAGAGGUACUUGAACCAUGUCAAAGCCAUAGAAGGGAACUGGGACGAAACCCUCAAGCGCAAUCGUGCUUUGUAA